AUGACUACGUUGCCGUUACAUUUAAUAAACCAGAAUCCGUGGGGACUAUAUAAUUCGGAUGUUAGCAGUGAAGGUAUCAAAUCAGACUUCCGCAUACAAAGAGAGCAGGGGACCAAUGUAAGCCAGACACAGCUCUUAACGCAGAAGGGACAGUUUUCAUUAGAUGAAGUGGUUUCUAUUUUGAAUGUUUGUACACCUCAAUCUCUUGAUGAGUACAAUGAACAUCUUUUCAAGAUUAUAUCGCUAAUCUAUGAGAAUCAAAUUGAACCAGACCAAUUCAAAACUUUGGAAAAAAAGUUGUAUGAGCUUAUGGACAUGCUUCCUACUUUUGUUGACAAAGAGGAUCCGAUACAUUCUAAGUUGUACAUAAUAGUUGAGAAGUGUUUCGAUAUAUUUAUUAAAAUUUCAACCAGCCAUAAAAAUGUCGAUUUGUCUACGAAAACGAUUAGAUUCUUAACAAACUUAAUAAUGAACUUAAAUUAUUGGGAAUUAUAUAACUUAUUAACCUGGAAACCUUCUAUCUAUCAUUUCUUGUCAAUUAUACAAUUUGACUUGAACGAAUGUUAUGCUAAAUUCAUCAAAGAUUAUUCUAAUUACAAGCACAAGCAAACAUCAUCAAAUGAAAACACUAAGUUCAAAGCAAAAACCAAGCGUCCAAGAUCUAAGAAAUCUAUAUCUCAAGAUUCUGGAAAUUCAGCUUCUCCCAUGUCUGAUGAUGCGUCCAUCAGUCCUUAUGAAAAUGUAUCUGGAUCAAGUACUCCUUCUUCAUUUCUUUAUGUUAAUCAAUCGACAGAUGCGGAUGAUCAUGAUAAGUUUGUCUCGGAAUCGUUAGCUGGAUUGACUCCAAGUGAAAAGAAGAAAAUAAGGGUAGAUUCGAAGCUUGCUGCGCAUAGAAUCAUCAAGAAAACCUCUGCAGCAAAACCAUCAAACAAAUCAUCAAACUAUGAUCCAGAUGUCGUGCACGAAUGUCAGUUGCCUUCGGCUGACGAACCAGAUAAGCUAUGCUUACGUCGGUUCUCAAGAAAAUAUGAGUUAAUAAGACAUCAAGAGACGGUCCAUUCUAAAAAGAAGAAAUUAUUUAAAUGCUAUGUUUGUGUUAAACAGAGCCCAAAUAUUGGUCCCAGAAUAUUUACUAGACAUGACACUUUAGCAAAGCAUAUAAGAGUAAAUCAUAAAAUUUCGGGCAGAGAAGCGAAAGCUGAAGUUGCUUAUUCUAAGAAGCAUGCGGAAAUUGUGGAAGAAGGCGAUAUCACAGUUCACGUAGGUCGAAGAAAAACAAAAGUGGACUUCGAACUACGUGCACAUAUGGAAAAGAGAAAAUCUAGUAAGGAUUUGUCCGAUAUGGACGAUGACAUGGACGAUGAUAUGGGUGAUAUCAAUGAUUCUCCUGGGGCAAUUGAUUCUGCUGAAGACACUUUUAACUAA